AUGUCGAAGCGCAGCUGGGAAUAUCAGCCGUCUGACUUGCCUCCUGCAAAACGAAUUCGGGACGUUGUGACUGGUCCUGUUGAUCGGCUAUCUUCUUUGAGCGACGAGCUCCUGCUUAAUAUCCUGUCAUUUCUCCCUGUUUCGUCUUUGAAUUUGUGCCAGACGUUAUCUCAUCGGUUUCACACUCUAAGUGGGGACUCGGAACUAUGGAAACGACAGUAUUACUCGCAAUGGGUGCGUCCUCGUGCUCGCCGACUGGCUAAUGUUAGACGGUCCACAUCAUCAGCCAAGAUGGAUUAUUCACCAAAGGUCUCAACAUGGCUUGAUCAUAGCCACUUGGCGGAGGAGGGGAAAGUGACGAAUUGGAAAAGACAGUACCGAUUGCGACACAAUUGGUCACGCGGACUAUGUCGAGUGACCGAGGUCGAGUUUCCCCAACACACAUCUCCUCCCACGUUGGUCAAACUUUGUGCUGGUAAUAUGCUCUCCACGGGCUUCGGGCUUGGGCCGCUAAAGAUCCAGCGCGGUGUCUCAGCAAACACCCCCUUUGCAGAUCCACAAAAGAAGUCUGGCAUGCUUCCAACCGCAUUGGUUGUGAGCCACCAGCAGAACCAAUCGGAUAUUGUGGUGGGCUUCGAUAACGGUCUUCUCAAUCGCUACAUUUUUAAUGUCCAAACAUGCCAGUUGAUCUUGCGAUCCUCCUAUGUCGGACUCAGCGACGGAACCAUCACUGCUAUGGCUCUUUCUUCGCCAUAUCUCCUGACUGUCUCCCAGCACAGAAACUUGUCGUUAUAUAACCUUGGGGGUCAAUCUCACGAACUUGAGGCACCAGUCGAUAUCCCUCGACUACAUGAACUUGCGUCAUUGAAAGCGGACAAUAUGGUCGCGCCAAUGACGCUGUCUCUCCGAAGCCUCAGCUUCGGACAUUGUGGCCACUGUUGUGGCAUCCAAGAACUGCGCUUUGAUAAAGACGGUCAACAGCUCGACUGUCGUAUUGCCAGUACGGUUGACUCGCAAUACGGAAUGAGUCCGCUCCAGGGUACUACGCCACCACUUAGACGACGACAUUCGGCCACCAUCGAGUCCAUCGAUAAUGAAGUUUCAGCCCCCGGCGUUCCCUCCAUAUUGCACCAACAGCCACCAACAUCAAUGUCGUACUCCCAUCCAUAUUUGCUGACUUCCCAUGCGGAUAACACGCUGACUAUGUAUCUUGUGGUUUCCGACCUGAGAUCGCUUUACGUCCGCGGAGGGCAGCGUCUCUGGGGCCAUACCUCCUCCGUGUCUGCUGUACAAGUGACAAACCGCGGCAAAGCUGUGUCAGUGAGUUCCCGUGGAGACGAAAUACGCAUAUGGGAACUUGAAACAGCCGUUUCUUCGUUGGGCCGCCACAAGCCCCAGAAUGAUGAGAAUAGCAUCCAAGUCAGCCCUGGGAACAAACGGCAAGCGGAAUCGGUGUCCGCUCCUACGCCGAAAAGCAUCCAACGGGAUCUGGACGGAUCCGGGAUGGCCCCUUGUGUCCCGCAGGAGAUGACGCGCAGGCAUGAAUGCGUCGGGUUUGAUGAAGAGCGAGUUCUCCUUCUCCAAGAGAAGCAAGUUGGCACCCAGCUGCUGGAAUGUUAUGAUUUCACAUAG